CCAGACCUUGCAAGAACUGAAGUGGAGGAAUGACCCUGUGUAUUGAUAAGCGUGUCACCUGAAAUGAUCUAUCGUAUUCCUUAUGUAGAUCUCCCAGGAAAAAAGUGGUAGUAACAGAAUUGAUUUUGGAACUGUGAUGACUUUUGCUGUAAUGUGAUGCCCUAAAUGCAGUCAGGUUUCUUAUUGCAUGCUGUCGAAUUUGGCCUAUAACAGAAUGUUUCUAGCAUGGUACCAGGCUUUACCUGUAAUAUAAGCGAGGUGUUUUUUUGGCAGGGUAAUCAGAAGAACUUUUGUAUUAACUGUAGCAAAACUUAUGUAAUAACCAGUUCUGCUUUUGUCAGGCUGCAGAUGCACUCACUGCUGUCAGUUUUUUUGCUUGUAACACGUGAUCAUGUAAACUUACGUUUUGCCUGGCUAACUCUUUGCAGUAUCUUUGACUCUCUGUUACCGUCCCAGUGGAAAUUGCUUUGGUACAAUUUGUGUAGAGCACACGAUUGCUUUGGGUAAUUCUGGUGACAGAGACAGAGAUGAUCUUUACUUAAGUUGUUUUGAAAAUGACUGCUGAGUGUUAAACCUAUAAAUGUGUGUUGUGUUUUAACCUAGUAGACAGCUAAGCACUAUGCAGCUGUUUGCUCGCUUCCACUCAAACCCUGCAGCGGGAUGUGGAAGAGAGCUGGAGGAAAAAACAAGAACAGAACAAACAGUCAUUGGAUGCAGUGGCUUCCAUGGUGACUGCCUUACACUUACUAAAAUUAUUGAAGCAAGAUUAAAGAUGUACAAGCAUUCCAAUAACAAGACCAUGACUACUGGGGCUAUUGCAGCAAUGCUGUCUACAAUUCUGUAUUCUCGACGUUUCUUUCCUUACUACGUUUACAACAUAAUUGGUGGACUCGAUGAAGAAGGGAAGGGAGCAGUCUAUAGCUUUGAUCCAGUAGGCUCAUAUGAGAGAGAUUCCUUCAGAGCAGGUGGAUCAGCAAGUGCCAUGCUACAGCCCUUGCUUGAUAACCAGAUUGGCUUCAAGAACAUGCAAAAUGUGGAGCACGUACCUCUGACCCUGGAAAAGGCUUUGCAGCUGGUUAAAGAUGUCUUUAUUUCUGCUGCUGAGAGAGAUGUGUACACUGGUGAUGCACUUAAGAUUUGCGUUGUCACAAAAGAUGGAAUUAAAGAGGAAACCAUCCAAUUAAGAAAAGACUAAUUCAGUUCACAUACAAAUGUGUAAUCUAUGAUGUACAAUUUAACUGUAAUGUGAAGGUGUUUGUCUUAUUAAAUUUUUUCAAGAAGUUUGACUGUU